CUACAUCUUCAUCUUUGAUUUAUCUGUACGAAAAUCCGACGAAACCUAUACGAUUGAACGUCCUCCCGAAUUUCCUUUGUCUGUAAUCCUGUUGCUCGGCCGACUCCAACCUCGAACUCAACCCUACUCUACUCUCCCCAAUUGUGGUUGCUUGUGGAUGCACCCUUUGAUCAAGGAGCUUCGCAUCCGCAAUCACGAUGGGGUCUACCGAAUUUGGAAAUUUUCAUGACUUUUGCAGAGACUCGACUCUCCCAGUCUGUAAUCUUCUGUCCCAGAACCACGACCAGAAUGGCAACUGGGGAGGCUGCGAGCUCACGGGUAUCUCCCUGAGUGGAGGGCGACAUCUUGGAAACUUGGGAUCAAUCCUCCUCGCUGGAGCUGCCAUUAUUACCGCCGUCUUUCUCCUGUUGCGAUCCGAGAAGAAGCGGGCUGCCGUUGGUCGAAGGGAGAUGCAAAUGUUUCUCAUCGGCUACAUCAUCAUCAGUAUAUGCGAGAUCUUUUCAGUAGGAGAGUUUCCACUGAAUAGCACCGUGAGAAUUGCUUUCUCUGCUAUCCAUAUCGGCAUGAUCAUUGCCACAUGUUGGAUUCUAAUGCUUAACGCCGUUGUUGGCUAUCAGAUCAUCGACGAUGGAACGCCACUCUCGAUGGCCCUAAUUGCCAUUUCGGCUCUUCUGUUGCUUAUUGGAACUGGCUACAUCGCCCUCGACACCGGCUUCUCGUGGACUGGCUACUGGGACGAUAGCUACGAGGCCCCCAGGAACCGAAACAUCGCCCUCUACGUCCUUUACCAACUUGUCCCUCUAAUCCUCCUCGUCGCCUUCCUUGUUCUUGAGGCUAUCCUUGUAAUUCGAAUUCUGGGCGAGACGCGUCCUAUGAUUUAUCUUGCCGCCGCAGCCCUUCUUUUUGCCAUCGGUCAGGUCUUCAACUACGCGAUCAGCAAGUAUAUCUGCGACGGCACGAGUGGAAAGAUCGAUGGCGCCCUUUUCCAGACGCUCUUCACCCUGUUAUCUGUUAUCAUGGUUUGGGUUUUCUGGUCCAGUAUUACUGAGGACGACUGGCCCAUGCCUGUAACCAACACCUACCCCUGAUGCGGCACAUGUGCAUUUUGGCGGUAUUGUUCUUGGGACGGCGUUCAGUGGCGUAUCUUUUUUUUUUUUUUUUUUUUUUCGGUUUCGAUAUCCCUCAUUACACUCGGCGGCCGAGCUCACGGUCGAACGACGUACACACGUUGACGAAUACGAUUUUUUCUGGAGUAAAACGAAGUUGAUUUUCAUU